AUGUCUAGUGAAGGCUUAGCAAGUGCCCGGGAAUUGGAGGAACGGGACCUGGGUGCGACGAGAGACACGGAAGAGAUCCCAAGCGAUGAAGAAGAGGGAGAAGAUGUGUUUGAUUCCUCAGAAGAGGACGAGGAUCUAGAUGAAGAUGAAGAGGAGGCGAGGAAAGUGAAGGAGGGAUUCAUUGUCUCUGACGAUGAAGAAGACGAUUCGUCUGUAAAGCAGAGACGUCGCAGAAAACACAAGAGGCGGCCUAGGCACGAAGAAGACGAUGGAAAGUUGUCUGAGGAUGACCUUGAUCUGCUAAUGGAAAAUGCGGGUGUGAAGCGCACCACACGACCCGAGACAGACGCUACCAAGGGGAGAUUCAAGCGAUUGAAGCGGGCGGGAUCUCCUGAUGAGAGCGAGGGACAACAAGACACCGAUGGGCGCCACGAAAACAGGCUAGAGGACUUUUUUUCGGAAGAAGAAGAUGAAGAACACCUGGGAGGGACAGAGAAUCGGCGGUUGCGCACGGGCGGGAAGGACGUGCUGGACGAACUUGAUGAUUUCAUUGAGGAAGACGAGUUCUCUGACGAGGACGAAGCCACCAGACAGCAGCGUCGCAAACUAAAGGAGCAGCGUAGUAAGCAAUCAGUACAGAUAACCGGCCUCUCUUCGGACAAGAUAGACGAAAUGUAUGAUAUUUUUGGGGAUGGCCAUGAUUAUGACUGGGCUCUUGCAGUGGAGAACGAGGAUGAUCUAGAAAACCUGGAUGAGUAUCAGCAAGAAGAGGAUGAUGACGAAACAAGUGAUCAGAAGGCGAAGAAGAAGAAGAUUACGCUGCAGGAUAUUUACGACAUGCAGGAUCUGAAAAAGAACCUCAUGACUGAGGAAGACAUGGUCAUACGUAGAUCUGAUAUCCCAGAGAGAUAUCAGGAACUCAGGGCAGGCCUGAAGAAUUAUGGCCAGUUGACCCCAGAGGAUCAGCUGCUCGAACAAAACUGGAUCAGCGACAAGAUUGCUGUGGAUAAGAAUUUCGAUGCGACGUAUGAUAUAUCAGAGUUUCGUGAAGCAGUCGGCGAUGCUGUCCGUUUCAUUAGCAAAGAAAAUCUUGAGGUUUCUUUCAUUUAUGCAUACCGCCGGAAUUAUAUUUCUUCUAGGGAUAAGAACGGUUUCAUCUUAAGUGAGGAUGAUUUGUGGGACAUUGUCUUUUAUGAUAUCGAAUUCCAUAGUAUCAUAUACAAGAGAGAUUACGUGAAGAAAUUCUAUGAGCAAUUAGGUAUCCGUGAUUCUCUUGUGGAUGAUUAUUUCAACGACGAAUCGAUGACCGAGCUGAACUCUUUGCAGGAUAUCUACAACUACCUCGAGUUCAGGUAUGCCCACGAAAUAAAUGAUGCCCUGUUGGCAGAUUCCUCUUCGAAGACGAAGAAACAUCUAAAGAACUCCAGUUACGAAAAAUUCAAGUCCAGUUCUUUGUAUCAGGCUGUAAAAGAUGUAGGUAUCACCGCAGAGCAAAUCGGGGAGAAUAUUGGAGCAGAAACUCAGAUACAUCCGGUAGUGGACCAUCCUAAUUUAAAGCCCUCCGAGUCCAUUAGCCAGAUCCUUGAUGCUGCAUCUGCAGACUUGCAGGUCUUCGCCAAAAAUCAUAAGUUGGCCUGGGACACUGUCCAGAAGUACUUUGCUGCUGAAAUUGGCAACAAUCCGAAGGUCAGACAGAAGAUACGCAAUGACUUUUACAAAUAUUACAUCGUCGAUGUUGUACUGACUACCAAAGGUAGAAAAGAGAUUCAGCGAUCAUCACCAUAUGAAGACAUCAAGUAUGCGAUAAACAGGACUCCGGGCCACUUCCGCAGCGCUCCAGAUGUUUUCUUGCGAAUGCUAGAAGCUGAAUCUUUGCACUUAAUGAAUAUCAAAAUCCACAUGUCUUCACAGGAACAAUACUGUGAACAUUUGUUCCAAAUCGCCCUUGAAACUACGAACACGUCAGAGAUAGCCAUUGAAUGGAAUAACUUCAGGCGUAAUGCCUUUUACCAGGCAUUGGAGAAGAUAUUCGAAGAUAUUGCUCAGGAAAUCAAGGAUGAAUUGAAGAAGACUAGUCAGAAACUCGUUGCGAACAGCGUGCGCCAUAGAUUUAUGUCUAAGUUGGACCAAGCGCCGUUUAUUCCAAACCCUAGGGAACCCAAAAUUCCUAGAGUACUCACGAUCACAUGUGGGCAGGGUAGAUUUGGUCUCGAUGCGAUAAUCGCAGUUUUACUGAAUAGAAAGGGCGAUUUUGUAAAGGAUUUCAAGAUUGUGCAAAACCCUUUUGAUAGGGAUCAGCCACAGGCUUUUGAAGCUGUGCUCGAUAAUAUUAUCCAGGAAGCGCAGCCAAAUGUCAUUGGAAUCAAUGGACCAAAUCCAAAAACGCAAAAAUUGUUCAAGAAGAUUCAGGAGGUUAUCCAGAAGAAGCAAAUCGUGGAUAACAGAGGUCAUAAUAUUCCAGUAAUUUUUGUCGAGGAUGAGAUUGCUAUUCGUUAUCAGUCUAGUGAGCGUGGCGCACAGGAGUUCCCUAAUAAACCUACCCUUGUCAAAUAUUGUAUCGCUCUGGCCCGCUACAUUCACUCUCCACUACUGGAAUACACCAACCUUUCAGAAGAAGAACUGCAAUCUCUACUCAUUCACCCGCACCAAUCUCUGUUGCCUCGGCAUAUCUUCAAGCGUGCCUUGGAAACCUCCUUUGUUGAUAUAGUCAAUUUAGUUGGUGUGGAGGUCAACAAAGCGAACGAUAAUCCAUAUUACGCGAAGGCAUUGCAGUAUAUUGCAGGUUUGGGUAAACGUAAGGCUAUCGACUUCUUGGAAUCCCUGCAGAGACUGAACGAACCGCUUUUGGCUCGUCAGCAGCUGAUUACGCACGAUAUCUUGCAUAAGACAAUCUUCAUGAACUCUGCAGGAUUCUUAUACAUAUCCUGGAAUGAGAAAAACCAGCGAUACGAAGAUCUAGAGCAUGACCACCUUGACAGUACCAGAAUACACCCUGAAGAUUACCAUCUAGCAACAAAGGUGGCUGCUGACGCUCUGGAGUACGACCCAGACGCCAUUCGCGAAAAAGAAGAACAGGGCGCUAUGAGUGAAUUCAUAGAAUUAUUACGCGAUGAUCCAGAUCGCAGGAUGAAGUUGGAGUCUUUAAAUCUCGAAGAGUAUGCGGAUGAACUCGAACGCUCGACUGGACAGCGUAAAUUGAACAACCUAAACACCAUCGUUCUUGAACUGCUCGAAGGGUUUGAAGAAUUGAGAAAUGACUUCCACCCGCUUCAGGGAGACGAAAUCUUUACCUCGCUAACGGGCGAAACAGACAAGACAUUCUUCAAAGGAAGCAUAAUCCCCGUACGUGUGGAAAGAUUCAAGCACAACGACAUUAUUUGUAUCUCGAAUUCUCAAGUUGAAUGUAUCGUGAACGCACAGCGACACCUAGGAGUGCAGCUAAAGCGCCCUGCAUCUGAUAUUUACGAAGUCGGUAAGACCUACCCUGCGAAGAUUAUCUUUAUCGAUUAUGAAAACAUCAGCGCAGAAGUUUCUCUCCUUGACCAUGACGUCAAACACCAAUACAUACCGGUUGACUACAGCAAGGACCCCACAAUCUGGAAUCUGAAGCAGGAACUGGAGGACGUUGAGGAAGAAAAGAAAAUCUCCAUGGCAGAGGCCCGCGCGAAGAGAACACACCGUGUCAUCAACCACCCAUACUACUUCCCCUUCAACGGGAAACAGGCAGAAGACUACCUGAGAAGUAAGGAGCGGGGCGAGUUCAUUAUCAGACAGUCUUCUCGUGGCGAUGACCAUCUGGCCAUCACCUGGAAGUUGGACAAGGACCUGUUCCAGCACGUCGACAUCCUGGAGCUCGACAAGGAAAACCCGCUCGCGCUCGGCAAAACGCUGAUAGUUGACAACAACAAGUACAAUGAUCUGGAUCACGUCAUUGUGGAGUACCUCCAGAACAAAAUCAAGCUUCUGAACGAGAUCACCUCGAAUGAGAAGUUCAAGAAGGGCACGAAGAAAGAGGUGGUAAAGUUCAUCGAGGACUACUCCAACGUCAACCCUAACAGGUCCGUGUACUAUCUGAGCUUCAACUACGAGCACCCGGGGUGGUUCUACCUGAUGUUCAAGAUCAACGCACAGUCGAAACUGUGCACCUGGAACGUCAAGCUUACUCACAACGGGUUCUCCCUGGCCGAUUAUAAUUAUCCUACCGUCAUCCAGUUGUGCAACGGGUUCAAGACCCUGCUGAAAUCCAGUAGCAGAGCGCGCACUCAGGAAGCUAGCGGCAGUGGCUACUACGGCUAUUAG